CCCACCAGACCAACACUGUUCAGCACCUCCACGAUGAUCCUCACAUACAGAAUGCUACUAAUUUUGCGCUCAGGUACCCAUAACCAUACCCAUCUGAACUAACCUCAACCGAUUACUACCACAUCCACAACACUAAAACAUCAUGCCACGCUACUCCCGCUUCGAGACCUACAGUGACGGCCAGUACACGUACGACGACCGCUACGAUACCGGUGAGUUCUCCACACACGGCCACUCCCGCGGUCCUUCAUCCAACGCCUUCUCGGACUGCACGUCUCAUUACGGCCACUCUUCUCCAUACCACCACGCUUCGCGCUUUACCCGCACUCACUCUUCUCGCCACUCCGGCCUUGAUGAACAUGGAUACCCUAUGGAGGGCGCGUAUGCAGGUGAAGAAGAUCUGCGCCGCCGCAUGUCUCGGUACCAAGUCGAUGAGUCCACCUCCACCUCUUACUCUGACCCUCGCACACGGCUAGGUCGGGAUGACCGUGACUGUGCGUACGACUUCGGUCGCCGGUCUCGUCUAUCUGAGCAAACCUACUCCGACCCUGAAGACCGUGAAGCCUGCCGAGAGCGUGAGCGCAAGCAGGCUGAGCUGGAGUAUCAGAUUCAACGUGAACAGGACCGUGAGCGCCGCUGUGCAGAGCGCGAGUCAUAUGAUGAGUAUGCAAGCUCGCGUCGUGGCGGUCGUCGUGGUGCUGUUACGGCGGGGAAUGAUGAGUAUCUUGCGUAUCAGCAGGCGCUGCGUGAGCAGCAGCAGCGUAAGUACGAGGAGCGCCCGGCGAAUGUAUGUGGGUAUGGAUGGGGCUGGUUCCCGUCGUAUGAGUUCUGCUAGAGUGUCAGCAUGAGCCUGCGACGUUGGCCAACGGUGAGUUUUGAUGAAGUAAGAGGUGAAUGAUGGUAAGGAAUAUCUU